AUGCUGGCUCCUCUCCGCAACAUGGCGCUCCAGCGCUCCUCCGUGUCGCCGCUCAUCGGCCGUGCGGCGAUUCGCUCGCUUGCCACCCACGCCUCGGUCCCCAUCACCUACACCGAGGCGCCUGCCUCCAAGCCUGCCACCUUGCACCUCAAGUCCGGCCACUCGUUCACCGGCCGCUCCUUCGGUGCUCCCCGCAGCGUGUUUGGCGAGACCGUCUUCACCACCUCGAUCACCUCGUACACCGAGUCGCUCACCGACCCCUCGUACCAGGGCCAGAUCCUCACGUUCACCCAGCCCCUCAUGGGUAACUACGGCGUGCCUGACAACUCCAACGGACAGUCGCCCGUCGAGCACCCCGCCGACGUCGACGUCGGCGCCUUCCUCGAGUCCAACAAGGUGCAGGCCGCCGGCGUCAUCGUCUCCAACCUCGCCGAGCGCUUCUCCCACUACCUCGCCAAGGAGUCGCUCGCCACCUGGUGCGCGCGCCACAACGUCCCCGGCCUCUUUGGCGUCGACACCCGCGCCAUCACCUCGCUCCUCCGCGACCAGGGCUCCACCCUCGGCGCCAUCCUCGUCGGCGACGGCCACGACAAGGCGCCCGCCCUCACCGACUACGUAGACCCCAUGGCCGAGAACCUCAUCGCCAAGGUGUCCACCAAAGAGCCCUACGUCCUCCACCCCGUCGGCGGCGCCCAGGCCGCACGAUGCCACGUCGCCCUCAUGGACUUUGGCUGCAAGGCCAACAUCCUGCGCUCCCUCCUCCGCCGCGGCGCCUCCGUCACCGUGCUCCCAUGGGACUUUGACUUCAACAAGGUGCGCGACGGAUUCGACGGUCUCUUCCUCUCCAACGGCCCAGGCUCGCCCUACUCGAUCCAGCCCGCCCUCGAUAUGGCCCGCGCCGCCAUCGCCGAGUGGGACCGCCCCAUCUUCGGCAUCUGCAUGGGCAACCAGGUGAUCGGCAUAGCGGCGGGCGUCGAAGCAUACCGGAUGAAGUUUGGCAACCGUGGCCACAACCAGCCCGUGGUGGCGCUCAAGUCGGCGGGCAACUUUGUGAAGCGCGGUCGUGUGUACAUCACCUCGCAGAACCACGGCUACGCGCUGACGCCGGACGAGAGCAAGUGGCCCGAGGGCUGGCAGCCGUGGUUUGUCAAUGCCAACGACUCGUCGGUGGAGGGCAUCAUCCGCACGCAGCUGAGCGAGCAGCGUGCGAUGGUGUGGGGUGUCCAGUUCCACCCGGAGCACUGCGGUGGACCCGAGGACACCAACGGCAUCUUUGAGGACUUUGUCGAGGAGGUCGUGCGCAUCAAGGGCCACCAGGGCCGGAGCCAGGCCGGCAAGGGUCUGCCCGAGGACAUGCCCGUCAAGCAGGGCGCGCCUGCCUUCCCCAUCAACGACUUUGGCGUCGUCGGCCAGCCUCCCGCCCACCUCUAG